UGGUCAUCCAAACGAGCACUUAACUUCGACUUGAAAAAGGGUCAAUAUAGGAGUUAGUUAAGGUGCGCGCAAGGCCAUGUUUUCCAAAAAGGUCAACCUCUUCAUAAAGAAACGUUCCCAACACGGCGUCGUUUCGUCGACCCCAUGCUCAAACUCCAAGAAGCUUUACAAACUGCCCCACGUGUUCGCCAAAAUGCUGGAACUCCCUUUCUCCUCAGACGCCGACGUCUUGAUCGAGGAAACGGCGCAGUUUUUUCGGUUCGUGGCGUCGUUCAACAUGUUGAACGCAAACGCCGGUGGUGUGCGUGCGCACGUGAUCGAGAUUCUCCCAGGGAUAACCAAAAUCGUGAUCAAGAGAAUGGACGGCGGUGAUGUCACAGUGGCGGGGAAGCAGCAGCAUCGCCUUGACCUGUGGCGGUUCAGGCUUCCGGCGUGGACUCAGCCGGAGAUGGUGACCGCCGUGUGCAUCGGCGGGAAGCUGGUGGUGACGGUGCCUAAGAGCAGAGGGAACUGAUUCUCUUAGCAUGGAAUAUAUGAG